AAACCUCCGUUCGUCUCCAAUCAGUUCCACCGUCGUUAGCCUCCAUUCUCAGGGAUCCUCAGAUCGAAAGCUCUCUCCUUUUCCCCGCGUAGCAUCAUAGGUUGAAGUUUCCUGCGUUAUUACUCGGAGAUGGGCUAUUGUUGAAUCGCAUUGGGGUUUUAGGUCUUUUCGAUUGAGAUGUCAUGAGGGUUUGAUUUAAUCUUCUCUUUCUCUUGGAAUCUGGUUUUAUUGAUUUGGAAUGAUUGGUUUGUAGAUCUUACAAAUUGCCAAAAAGACUUGCUUUAGGGGGAAACUAGGUAACCUACAUGCUCUCGGGUUCAGCAUACGGGCAUGUUUAGCCUCGAGGGAUCAUGCUAUCUCUGCGUCCCAUUCGCAGAUUCUACCCUUCUCUAGCCACUGGCGUAUUUGCUUCGACCUUACACGUUCCAGCUGAAUCCAAUCAGGAGGAGGCCCCUGCCCUUGUCAAGCUUAAAUCUGAGCGAGACCCUGAGAAGCUAUUCAACCUCUUUAAAGCCAACGCCACUAACCACUUGGUCAUUGAGAAUCGUUUUGCUUUCCAAGACACGGUUUCUAGAUUAGCCGGGGCACGCCGGUUUGAUUUCAUUGAGGAUCUGCUUGAGCAUCAGAAGACGCUUCCACAAGGUCGGCGCGAGGGCUUCAUUGUUAGGAUUAUUAUGCUAUACGGCAAGGCUGGGAUGACCAAGCACGCUCUCGAUACUUUCUUCAGUAUGGACUCGUACGGCUGCAAGAGGAGUGUUAAAUCCUUCAACGCCGCGCUUAGAGUCUUAACUUUGAAACCUGAUCUCCACACCAUCCAGGACUUCCUUCUCCAUGCUCCGUCCAAGUAUGGGGUUGUAAUGGAUGCCUUUUCGUUUAACAUUGCCAUUAAAUCUGUUUGUGACAUGGGGUUUCUUGACAAGGCGUCUCUGGUAAUGAAGGAGAUGGAGAAGUCUGGCUUGAAACCAGACGUAGUUACUUAUACCACACUUAUAUCGGCGUUUUACAAGCAUGAUAGGUAUGUGAUUGGGAAUGGACUGUGGAACCAUAUGGUGCUCAAGGGGUGUAAGCCUAAUCUCACCACCUUUAAUGUUAGGAUUCAGUUUUUAGUGAAUAGGGGAAGAGCCUGGGAUGCAAAUGAUCUGUUGAUGUUGAUGCCAAAACUCCAGAUGGAACCGGACAACGUGACGUAUAACAUGGUUAUCAAAGGGUUUUUUGUUGCGGGGUUCCCUGAAAUGGCAGAAAGAGUUUAUACAGCUAUGCAUGGUAAAGGUUACAAACCCAAUGUGAAGAUCUACCAGACGAUGAUUCACUAUUUGUGUAAGGCGGGAAAGUUUGAUUUGGGGUAUACCAUGUGUAAGGAUUGUAUGAGAAAGAAGUGGUACCCGAACUUGGACACAGUUGGUGUGUUGGUGGACGGGCUUGUGAAAAAAGGCCAGCUUGAUCAAGCUAAGUUGAUUAUGGAGUUGGUUCACAAACGAGUUCCUCCUUUCAGCUCAAAACAGUUGAUCCCACUUAAGUCCAUUUUGUAAUUUGUUUACAUGGAGUAGAACAAAUUUUGCUACGACUAUGCGGGGACAGAGGAUUCUCUUUCUUUAUUACCCCUGAGUUUCUCUUUGUAUAGUUGUGGUUGGAACUGGAAAACGGAUGUUAUUAGGAGGCACACUAACAUCUUUCUUGACGGAUUCAAAUAUAUGUUCUUCCAUGCCCUCUCUCUCUCAGGAUAAAUUGGAAAACUCCAAUGAAUGCUGAGUCGAGAGCAAUAUGGCAUUGGCAAAUUUGUGAACAGUCUUUUGCCAUGUGCUGGAGAGUAGGUGACUGUUGAUGCACACACGCGUGGCUUAAGUAUUGAGUUAGCCGUGGAAAAAUCAUCUUCUGGC